AAUGCCCCGAAUUAACGCGGUCAUUUCCUCUCCCAUAAUUAAUGCGGCCGUUACGCUCUCGCCUCGCUACCCCCAGUCCCCCACCCCCACACGCACCACUGCCAUCACCCCAUUUCAAACUCGAACCACAUCGCGCCGUGAGUCCGAAAAGAUCCCCGCCUCGAGCAUCGAUCGACCGGAAGGAGAAGGCAAGACGCCGGGACGUUCUCUGAAUCGGAGGCGAGGCGGGGAGGGGAUAGAAUCGGAUGGUGGAGGCUGGCGCGAGCUUCAUGGAUAAGGUCGAGGCGGCGGCGGACGACGUCGUCAUCGACGGGGCGGGCGUGGGCGUCGGGGACGCAGGGGAGGAGGAGGAGGAGGAGAUGGCGCCCGUGGAGCCCCUCCCGGAGCCUCUCGACGACUGCGGGCCCGUCGCGUGGCCCAUGCCGGACUUCUGCCCUCUCACGAUCGAUGGGGCGCUGAAGGAGUCGUUCCUGGAGACUCUACGGAAGGACGCGGCGGAGGUCGAGCGGCCUGCGCGAGAAGGGGCGGAGGAGGGGGAGGAAGCGCUCAGCCCGGACUCGCGGCCGUCGAGCAGCAAGCGCCACCGCGCGGGCACCGCCUCGCCGUCGUCCAGGAGCAGCCCCUACCGCAACAUCCUGCACGUGUUCCAGCAGUGCAGGCAGGACGCCGUCGGGGAGACUCCCACCAAGAAUUACUGAAGCAGACGAGCGCAACGGGGCAGGAUCAGGCCGCGGCGCGAUGUCACGGCCACGGCUUUUCGCCGCUUGCUUGCUCAAGAAUAACGCUUGCCAUGUUCGUUUAGUAGCCAGCCGUUUGCACAUUGUUCUUGGUGUGGCUGAAAAGGGGUAGGGGAGUUCUUAAUUCUUGUGUAAACAUCGGAUAUAGAAGUUACAGGACCUCAGUAAAAAACGUCAUGAGAAAUGCAACUUGAUAAUUUUCACUAGUUAGGCUAGUUCGAGCAGCUUACUUAUUCUUAUCUUAUAUUUCAAACUCCACUUUGUAACACUUUAUAAACAAUGAGUGUUUUACAAGAUCAUAUACAUGAUCUACUACUAUAGCCUUACAAGUC